CAUACAGCUUUUAUCUGAGCGUGAGUGCAGUAAUAGAAAAUCCAGUAAUGCAGUGCUAAACUUCUGUUUGACGCAUAGAUUUGUCUCCACAUGUUCGAAAAGCCUCAGCAGGAGAACAUGUGUGGGAAUGUUAACAGGAAGUAGAGCAAGCAGCUGGAAUGUAAAGGCCCUGAGAAGUGAAGAAAAGAAGUCGUCUCUCAGCCACAACAGAGAGUGAAACAUGGGCAGUGAGUACCAGUCUCUGUCUCCAGCUGAUUCCUGCAGAAGCUUAAUCAUCGAGACACCCGAGUGCUUUAUAUGCAGGGAUGUUGAACUUAAAGUCAGUGACCCACUAAGGAAUUUCUGUGACUGCAAGAAUUUACUUGCCCAUCACGCGUGUCUGUCCACAUGGAUCCAGAGGGGAUGUGGGAGUGAAGACAGACUGCGGUGUGUUGUCUGCAAAGCCAAGUACCAGCUACAGAGGAUUUCUCCAUGGCGGUUGGUGAGCUCCCAGUGGCGGACAUGGCUUGUGCUCAUCACGGCGUUGGCAUUGCUGUGUCUGGUGCCGUAUGCUGCCUAUCGCAUGAUGACCGCCUUCACCAACCCUUCUCCUCCCAGCACCUUCAAAGUGGCAGCAGCCUGUUUUGGUCUGCUGACAGAAAUCCUCCUGAUGAAGUGUCUGUCCAGCUACCUCAGCAGGCGAUACCAGCAGGCCAAGCAGAUCUCCUUCACUGUCCGCCCAAGAGGUUUUGAGGAGGACAGAUCAAGUCCGAGCCUCUGGGAUCGCCCUGAAGCCGCAUCAGCAGCCACAGGUCACGCAUCAUCUGCAGCUUCGUAUAGUCAAGUGGAGGAAAGAAAAUCGGAUGUGUUAAAGAGUGGAUGUCUGAGCUUUUACUGAACCACUAACAGAAGGAGUCUACAGAACACAGGGUGAGAGUAAAUCCUCGGGGUAUUAUAGGUUUCUAACAGCCAUUCAAGAUAUCACAUCGGUUUAUCAGCGUGGCAUUUAUGAGAUCUUGCACUUUAAAAGCCAUUUUCGAGGUGUCAAAUAUUCAUAUUUUCCUCUAUAUCAAACACUCUCACUUAAUUCAGCAAAUAUAUUCUCACAUAUUGCAAAUUGAUCGUCAGGCAGCUAAUGCACGCAGCUUUCAUGAGUGUGUUCAGGCUCAGAGAGGAAAAAAAGCCUGAAAUCACUCUCUUUCCUUAAUGAUGUCCACACAGAGACAAUGGGGCGCCGCUCUGAUUAGUGUCACCUGUCCUUGUGCAUCUCAUCAGCUCCAUUAUGGCUCCGGCUCCCAUGCUUCUUCUGCUAAUUGAAUAGCCUGUGAAGUGGUGACGAGCACGGGGGCGAGAGUAGCGUCUGUCCCGCUGCUGCUGCACAAAUGAGAGAAAAGCUUCCCAGUGAGACGCUGCUGUAGUUCUUACAGCAUAAACCAUUAUUACACAGAUAGAAAAGGUGCUAACAAGUAGCCCUCAUCUUAUAUUACCAUCAUAUCAUCUACACAUUAUCUGCAUAUAUAACAGCUUGAAUUUGCUUUUGCUGUUUUGUGGCGGGUGCAAUACCACAGAAACAUCUCAUCCAUGUGAGAUGGCAAUCUUAAUGGGUGCAGCCAUGAAUGUCUCUCUUGUAUAUUUUUCAGUUGUAUAUUCACAUUGAUACUAUCUUUGCAACUUCAGACUGUGGCAAAAUAUGGAUCAGUAGAUUGGUUGUAUAUGCACAAUCAUCUAUUGAACAUACUGUAAGACUAAAGCCUGGAGCUAGUUAGCAUAGCUUAGCAGGAUGUGACCAUAAAAAAGAGAGAACAACGCCAGAUCGUGACAUUGUUUGCCUUCAUAUACCUGUUGAGAUGACAUUAACACACAAUAAGUCAAACUGUUAUAUAAGGCAAUGAAUGAGCACUAUUAGGCUGAUCUCUCAGUAGUUGGCACCAGAAUUACUAGUCAAUUAACUGAUCUUAAUUUUAAAAGUAGUUCAGGCUCACAAUCCCUGUCAAACCCUUUGUUUAAAGUGUAACGCAGCCCCCUGCCACUAGUAGCUGCUUUAGCUUUAGUUAAUGCCACCUGCCUUUCUGCAACAAUCUUUAAUCUAAUGUAAACAACUGUGAACUGAUAGUACUGAUAGCAUCUCUAAGGAACAGCAUGAUUUAGCACUAUUUUAAUCUAGACAAUGGACGAUGAUGUUGCACAUGGGCUGUGUCAGGUUAUACUACCAUAUAACUGAAGCGUUCAGUGCCGACAUUCAGCACAGGAAUGUAAAUUGUAAUCUGCAUAAAGAGUCAAAGGCCACAGUGCUCUGCUAAUGUUAGCUACAACCUGCAAACCAACAUCAUGUUGUUCACCUACUGCCGCUGUGAUGUGUUAGAUUUAUAUUUCUUUAUUAUGACUGUUUCUUGGGUGUGUUCUUGGCUUUAGAUGAGUCAGCAGAAAACAAAAACAUUUUUGAUUUAAUCAGAUGUAAAAUCAUUAGAAAUCACUAUUAUGAGACACAGUCUUUAAUUAGGGAUUUGCAAGAGAAAAUAAACAUUUACCCUGUCCUCCUAUGUGAUGGUCUCCACACAGCAAAAUCUUAAACCUGUAGUUUCUAUUUAGCUCUUAAAGUACUAUCUGUUUUCCCCAUAUGGCGUUUGUAAUCCUACCUGGUAUGGUAGUUGAGCUCUUAGUGGUGAUAGUUAGGAAGUACACACCCAUUGCCUGCGAGUCACGCUGCCUAGAGUUUAGAUCAGGUCUAUAACGCAUGUCCACUCCAAGCCUGGUCUGUCAUAUCCCAUUAACUACAGAUUCUAAUGACAGAAAUCUGUUCAGAGUGCAACACAAAAGCGUGUAUUUCAAACGUAACUCAUUAUGACUGACAGAGCAGUGAGGAUGAGGACUUCACUGUGCAGUAAAUGUGUGGUGGAGCUUUAUGAGAACAUUUGCCUGUUAACAUGUGGCUUCAUUUGUGAACUAAGUUGCAUUAGAACAGAUGAUCGAUUGAUGUUUCUGCUUCUUUUCCUCCACCUGUGUAUACCUACACUAUUUUACUAUGUUCUCACAGAGGAGUAUGCUGGUAAUUAAUCUGCUUGAAGUGUACUGUUUUUAAGUUUGACCAGUGACCAGCGGACAUGGGCAGCAGGUCUCAUGAUUUGUUCAGUGGGUCUGCACAAAGGGAAUUUGUUUUAAAGUAUAAAAAUAGGAAGAUGAACCAAGAAAUUUUAGCCCAAAUUCUAGGGUAAAACACUAUUGUGCAGUGUCAUGUCUGACCGGGUCUUUUUGACUUCCCUCAAGCUUGACACAGUCCGGGCCGGAGGUCAGGGAUAGGGAUUCUAGCCCUGCAUAGUUCUGGGCCACUCUGGAUCUUGCUUAGGUAGAAAAUAUAACCCCAAAUGCUGCCCACCUCCACUGCUCACUUGCUGUCUUUCACAGAGAAGUUUUUUAGCUAGAUGGUAUUUUAGCCCUCAACUUUGCCUUCCAGGCAGCAGCUGCCUGGAAGGCACAUCCUGCCCUCCAACCCCCUUCCAAUCAGGUGUAGUCAUGUGCUUAAUCUAUCAUCCAAUCACCAGUCAGCAUCAGAUUGAGUGCGCUAACUUGCUGCUUCCCCAGACAACUAUGCUAGCUUGCUUAUUAGCUUCUUUAUUAGGCAUUGGUUUGUUAAUAUUAGCUAGCUUAAGUCAAAUCUGAUUUAUGCCAUAGAUUAAAGCAAACAAAAACAACCCAGUUGAAUCUCCUUUACCAAGUAGGAGAGCUUAGUAAUGCUUAGUAACUUAUUAUUAAUGCCUAGCUGACCGCAAGGCAGCUGAAGACAUGGUACUGGCUACCUGCCAGUUGAUUGUGGAUGACUGUAAGGCAGCCAAGCUCUAUAUGAUAGGUUAAUAAAUUACUAAUUCAGAUUUGACUUAAGGUAGCUAAGAUAACAAACCAAUACCUAAUACAGGCUAGAAGCUAGCAAGCUAGCAAGGUUAAUGUACCUGACAGUAAACCACUGCUGUCUGUCAGUUCAGCAUAACAACCUAAUGAGAGAGAAAAGAUAUGAAAACAUAGCGUUACCACCCUGGGCUGCUCUGUUAUUUAUCCAUGCACAUUUUGACCAGUGAAGUGGCUGUUUUAUGAUAAAUGAGGGAAAAUUUUCAAUCAGGUCAGCUGCACUUCCUGUAAUGAUAGUUCAUGUCUCAGUAUUUUGUAAUAUGUAAGUUGCAUUAGUCAACUUUACAAAUGAAAAAAACAUUUUAAAAGUGUGUCUCAUACUGUGUUUUUCAUACAACAUACAGUUAGAUGUUGGGCACAUUAGCUUUCAUCUAAAGGUUUUUUAUUUUCUAGGCUUAGGAAUUGUGGAAAUGCAGCAAUAACAAACACAGUGCUACUGUUGUGCAAUAUAAAUGACCUUGUUUAGGUAAAAGUGAGUAGCCCAGUAGAAAUUGGUCCUUUUCAGAUAUCUCUACCAGCAUUAUGUUAACAACUGAUAUAUCUCAUUGAAAUGACUGUGUUAAAGUCUGAGUGUUGUCUCUCCAUUGCCACAGUAAACAUUUUACAGCUGUGAUCAGGAAUUUAUCUUUGAAUGCAUUAUGUGCUCAUGAUUUUCUGUAAAUAACUGCUCCUCUUUAAAUGUUACCUAUUUCAAAAAGUUUUGUAUGCUUUUUAUUGAAUACCUGAAUUUUAUGUCACUUUAAAUCAUUACUGAACUUCUUCACUGUUGGAAAUUGUUGUAUGCUGAAAGAAAUAAAAAGUGAG